GCAGCUCCCAGAGAGGGACAGUGGUGACCGGUCCUCUGCGGAGCGGCCACCGCGAGCUGUAGCAAGCCACACAGUCGGAGCUCGCUGGCAGUCAAAGGCACAUAAGCGUGCCUUGGAGUGACUUCAAGAAUUCGGUUUCGCCCGAGACGCAUCCAUUCGAUAUUCGGGGCACACUUACAAACAAUUCAAGUGGUGUCAGAUUCUGAAGACAUUCGCCUGAACCUGGCGUGCAAAGAAUCACGAGUGCGGACUGGAAUCAACAUAUUUCAAGUUUGGAGUGUCAACCCUCACAUCUUCUGAUCCCGAGGAGAGUCGAGGAGUGCAGAGCUGGGAGUGAGGGAGUUGAUCCGGCCCCCGGCUGGUGGAGAGGUCACAGAGAUCGCCACGGAAGGUGAGAGUGGUCGUGUCCGAACCAUCGCAGGGCCGGAUGGGGAGUGGAUAUAGUCUCCGGUCAAACCGGCUCGGAAUGGGAAGGAUGUUUUACUCUCGGAUUGGCUUGGAGGAAAUGAUAUUCACUCUCGCUCUCAAACGCGGGCAGAGCGACUGAUAUGUGAGUUGACUCUGCAAGGGUGUCCUGGAAAACAUUUAUUAGGGAAACAUUUGGAAAACAGCCUGCAAAACAUUUAAACCCGCAAAGGAAUCCGAACAGUUUUUUAAAGGUUCGCAAGCUGUGAGUGUCUUUCAAAUGCCGUCAUAUUUUUUAAUCAAAUUUUUGUGAGAAUUUUCAAUUAUGAGCACAGUGCAUAUGUAUUUUAUGGUAAAGGGUAAAAUACUAGCGCAAUAACACCGUAUUGCGCUAGUAUUUUGGAGCUCCAAAAUACUAGCGCAAUACGACCGUAGCCUUUCUUACUUCUUGCUCAGAUACUGACCACACAAGAAAUUCCGGUCAUCUAUUAUGCGUCCUUGGCAUAAAAGCUGUUCAAACCUUCCAGCACCACAUCAUCCUAACCGUUUUAAUAUGAAGAUUACAUGCUGUCAGGUAGGGAGCUAGAUGAUACCAAACACGCCACGUUGAGUGGACUGAAUCUUGCGUAAAAACGGCAGUUUAGUUUGACACGACAAGCGCUGAUGGAGACACAAUGGAGUAUUGACACCACUGACUGAAGCGUUUGGGUUUCGUCUGUCAGCAUUGUUUACUGGUCUUAAGUGAUACUGGUUGGCUAAACGCCAUCAUCAUUGACAUCUUAUGAAAGCAUUCUCGCGACAAUGUGUCCUUUUUAGCAUGUCGCUGAAUGGCAUGACCUUUUAUUUCAAAAUGUAUUUUGAAAGAUGCCGGUUGGAAGCAUACCAUGUUGACGACCUGAGCACUGUAGCUUUAUAUGGAAAUGACAUGGAUCUUCUUAGCUACAUUAUUUUAAACUUAGCUUCUCUGUACCAUAAUUCAAGUAUUUUUAAAAUAAAACUAACGACCUAAAUUUUCUUUUUUCAGUUACCUUUUAUCUGCUGAGACCAGAUAACAACUCGACUGAGGGCACCUCUGGGUUCUCUUCAAUUGCGCCAUGCCCCCACAUAAUACAAUGUGGGGAGCCAUGCUCACAAUCUUAUUUCUGGCCAUCUCACCCGGUCCGGCUUAUUCACAAGGAUGCGCCGGUCCCGCCGACGGCCAGACUCUGAUCUGCUACACGGAGAGCUGGUCUCCCGUGGAGGAGGCCAGCACGUGCGGCUGCUCCCACCUCGUCCUGCCUCCGAUCCAGCUGGACAACACCUUCAGCGUCAUCGAUGUUGAGUCCGUGUCAGCCGAGAGCCCUGCCGGGCUCAGGAGAGCCCUCUCUAUCGGCUCGGAUCUAGCAUCCGGACGACUGGCACAGCUGGUGACAUCUAGCACCGACCUCGACAACUUGGUCGACAGUGUCAAACAGACCAUGAAGGACGUGGCCGCAGAGGGCGUGGAAGUGGACGCCUCGUGGAUCUCCAGCUCAAAGGACAAACGCAAUUUGGAGAAACUCCUCAAGGCACUCAGUCCGCUGACCACAGACCAGCUACUCGUCCGACUUCCGGCGGAGGCCAAUCAGCUGACUGCGAUCGGUGACCUCAGCGACCUCAGUCAGCUGACCGACCGACUGAUACUGGCCACGCCCCCGGCUGAGUCACGUGACCGGCCAGAGACGGCUCAGCUGGCGCCUCUGAUGGGAGACGGAGCGCAGGCGGAAAGUGUGGAUGCGCUGCUGGACGUCCUCAUCUCGCUGGGAGCUCCAGCGGAGAAGCUGGUGAUGACGAUACCCUCCUACGGCUACAUGUACCAGUUGCAGCAGACUCACGUCACAUCCCCCGGCUCGCCCGCCCUGCCUGGAACCGAAAAACUGUCCAGGAAGGAGAUGUGCAACAUGUUCACGCCGGACUGGCUGGAGGAUCGUAACGACGAUAUGACGGCGCCAUACGCCUACCACUAUCUGUCCUGGGUGGCUUACGAAGACGAGCUCAGCGUCGCAGUCAAGGUAAGACGGGAGAGCGUGACAAACGGUAUGGUCUGUUUAUUUGAAUCACAGCUGCUGGCUUGAGUGCGAAGAUGUUUCCUAAAAGUUUCAGCUACAAAGCUAUUA